CCCGACCGGCCCGGGCCGAAGCCAUCGUCCCCGACCUCCUCGUCCUCCCCUGACCUCAUCCUGAUCCGGCGCCACCUCCGUCCUUUGCCCCGGCUAGCGUCGUCGACUCCCCGAGAUCCUCUCCUGCCGCCACCGCUGCACCCCGCUGAAUCAGCCGAGCGUCGCCCAUCGCCGCCACCGAGCUCACACCCUCCCCGUCGUCCAUCUCCGCCGCCGAGCUCGCACCCACCCUCCCGUCUGUCGCCUGUCUCCGCCGCCCCAUCUGCACCGAGAUCCCAACUUCCCAAGGUACCAAGGCACAGGACAGGAGCUCGUCUCUGCAGCUCUGCCAAACACACGUCUUGGCUUUUUUUUUUUUUGUGUAACUCGUCUUGGGCUCUUGGCUUGUCGUUGUAUCCACUCAGCCAAGCUGGGCCUGGUUCAAGGAUACGAUGCAGGGUAGUGAGACUCUGGGCCUGGGCCUGGUUCAAGGAUAUGAACAGGGAUGGGCCUGGCCUUUUAAACGACUCGUCUCGACGUCUUCGCAGUCUACCCCGUUGCCCUAGCCUAGCCGCCAACCUCAACCCCAUCGUUUUCUCUUCCCGCCGGCCCUCACCACCCCGUCCGCCGUCAUCGCCGCCGACCUCUCGCCCCGAUGAAGCACAAGCGCAGCCGCAAAACCGCCUCUGGAUCGAAGGGCUCGGUGGACUCUGGGAGCAGCCUCGUCGCGGUGGAGCCCCAAAUCGACAACAAACCGCCGCCGCCGGAACAGGACAUCGAGGGUUCCCGGUCCGAUCAAGACCGGGCACCCACCGAUGGCGCUGUCGCUGGGGAAGAAGAAGAAGACGGAUAUAUCUCUUCCAGCGAUCUCGAACCGCCUCCGUCGGCCAGCAGCCCUGUUGUUUCUCAGGAAGACGACGACGAAGAUGAAUCACCGGAUAACGGGCACGAGGGUGAUAUGCAGCCACAAAGGAUGAAGAGGAGUAGGAGCAACGAUGCGCCGGGUCCGAAUCCACAGCCGAACAAGAAGAAAAGGGAUACUGCGUCAGAUCAGCCUGAGGUGCCAGCGUUGGAUCAGGAAGCAGAGGAUGAAGGGCCCCAUGGACCAAAGGAAAUCAGGCCUGCGUCACCACAUCAACCAGGCGAGCGAGGGGUGUGGUUUGGCAAGGUGGAGAAAGUCAGGCGCGUAUGGUAUAACAAAGAUGAGGUCCUGAUUCUCAAUGAGAUCCACAAUUUUCUCCUCGAGCGUAAGAGGCUGCCCGAACUGAAGGAGAAUGACUUCUUUGAAUCUAUACUCGAGCAGCUUGAGGACGACAGCUGUGAUAUUCGUAAUGUUAAGGAUAAAAUGAAAAGUCUGAAGCGCCGCUACGAUGCCCAUGUCGUAUCUACUACAAAUCACGAAAGGCUCCUUGACAAUCUCUCUGAAAAAAUCUGGGGACCCCGGUCAUCAAAUAAUGCUGUUGCUGGCUACAAGAAUGAGGACAAAAUCUCCCUAGUUGAGGCUGAGAAGAAGUUCGAGGAGAUGUAUCCUCUUCUCGCACAGGAGGUGAAGCUUAUUGCGGAUGAAGACCCUUCCGCUAAAAGCUUGUGCAUUGGACUUGAUGCCGAGACAGCACUUUCGAUUGAGAAGCGGCUAGGGAAAAUCAAAGGGGCAGAGCUGAAGCUCCAGAAGCGAAUGGAGGCAAAGGUAAUAUCACCGAAGGCAAUGGUUAGGAAGAAACUUGCCCGUUUGGGAGAGAAGGUUGCCAAGAAAGUACGAAGAAGUUGAUGGUGAAUUAAAUGGGUGAUGGAACUAUGGAGGAUGCGCUCAUUAACCUUUUGGCAUUAGGAUUUCACAGUUGGGUGGAGCCGGAAAUGGUGACACAAAGUCAUGCGUUGAUGAAGUUUUUUACACCAAGUUGUGUUUUGGCUUCUUAGUGGUCAAUGGUUAGUUGGUGAAAAGGUAGCAGCGGUAUCUAGGCAACAUUCGUGGUGUCUAUGUAACUUAUGCAUCUACCUGCGCAUGUCAAAUCAGGAGUCAAUAUAUUUCUUCUGCUCGGAUAGUGUUUUUUAAAGACAGAUAAUUAUAGAAUGAAUGCAGAUAUUACUCAACUAAGCUGCUGAUUUAUCUUC